UUUCUAUUUUCUGCAAAAGUCUCUCUGCUGUGUUCUCAAACACAUUUAUGAACUUCAGGGAUGCCUCUGCCCACACUGGUUCCCUCCCCCUCAGUUAUUUUAUUAAUGUUGGGCUGUUCAAUCUACAGUCCUGCAUUAUGGAGAAAAUCUGCAGAGCUUUGAGUUUGGGGAAUAGUUGUUUGCAUUUGGAUGAAUUCUUGAUGAGGUAAAUUUAGGGCUCUGUAUGUGUGCAUGACACUGUACUGAUAAACAGACCAUUGCAUCUUCGAGACACCUGCAAAUACAUCUCGUUUGGUGUAAAUGCAAUCUGAAUCGUUUAAUCAACUGGCAUUGGAAACAAGCUUGCAAGCAAAUGGUCGCUCCUGAAUAUUAAAUGCAGUAAUGAUAUUAUGUAAAUCGUAGGCAGAAGGGAAAGAAUCAAGCUCUUGUCACAAACUGUCACUAAGAUCUCCUUUAUUGUUGCUGCUGUGAGGAAUAAUGUUAAAACAGCUAAAUGGCUGUAUUGCUCCCUUGGUCCUUCCCAUUUGCUAAUUAAAAUUAUAGGCAUGUUGAGUACCAUUUAUGGACCUUCCUGUAUACAGCAUAGGCUUCCUGGGAAGUUAUGGGAUAAUUACCACAUGAAACCAGAUGUCUGGUAUCCUUGCUAUAAGAUCUUACAAAGAGCAUCUGCAACCUUUAUUGAACUCAGAUAGGUUUGGAGCUGAUUAGCUCUUCUGAUCUUGGGUAGUCUUCACCCUGCUGAGAGGCUCAUAGCACCCUGGUUCCAUCUGCACACUAAGGCAUAUCCAAGAUAUGAUUUAAAACAGCCAGAGGAAAUGUAGGUGACUGAGAUGUAUAGAGUGUGGUGGGGUUUUUUUGAGAGAGAAGGCUUGGGGCCAGAGGCCAGGUUCCUUCCAUCAUUGAAGAAAUAUGUUUAUCUCCCACAAACUAUGUCAUCAGUUGACCCUUAUUUUUAAAUAUUCUGUACAGAGAUCCUAGUAGCCUGUGUUUGAUGCUCAUUUCACAAUCCAAGUUGGUAUGUGUUGGUUAAAUGCUGUACUUGGCAUGUAUUGACUUAAUGGGUGUGAUUGUUUAAAAAGGCAAAGAGACUUUGAUCCUGAUGAAUUACUAAGUGCUGGGAUCCACCUUCUGUUGAGCAUGGGAACUGCUGCAGUGGGAACAGAAGCUGACAGAAGCCAACGGAUGAAGCCUGUCAGCAAGCCCUGUUCUGUGCAGUUUAAGAUCUUGCCUUGUUUAGGAGAGAAGUGUUUUGGGGGAUUUUCAAUCGGACAAGCUCACACUGUGUUUCCAUUGUGUUCAGUGCUGUUUUCUGUUGAGUUACCAUAAUCUAUCUGGUUUGAACCGACUGCGCAAAAAAGUACAUCUCGGUACCACCCAUGACUUAGCCCAGGGGUGGGCAAUUAUUUCGGGCACAGGGCUUACUGAGUUUUGGCAAGCCAUCGAGGGCCGCACAACAGGCAGCCAGGGGCAGAUAAAUAUUAAUUUUCUAAAUUUUUUUCAGGGCCCUGUGGGCCAGAUAGAAUAGCCUGGUGUGCCACAGCCAGCCCAUGGGCCGCAUUUUGCCCACCCCUGAUUAGUCUAAUCGGAGACUAAAAUUUACUGGAUGAACUUCAGCGCUGGUAUAAACUAACAUAUUGGAAGAGAUCUGAUGGAAUUGUGCCACCUUUUCUGCAGCUGAAAUGGAACAAUUCUUGCAGACCUUUGGCCUAAAUACAGUUUGGGUUUAUUUUGUUUUGCUUUACUGAUAUAGCUCUGCUUGUGGGUAAGAUGAUGAUUUUUAUCUGAGAUAAUUAUAUGAAUAAGGGUGGUAUAGUAGAGGGGAAACCCUUAUACUAGUAGAAAGGUACCUUUCACCACUGUAACUUUUUUGUUCCUUUUUUCCUUUCAAGAAUAAGUUAUGCUGGUAUAAACCUCUCAUAGUUGUAAUUUAUAUUGAUAUUGCACUGUAUUGAUCAAGAAAAUUUUAAAGCCUGCCUAAUGGGGGAUGAGGGGAGUGAUUUAUGUUCAUUAUGCUGCUUUACUUCCCAUAAAACAAGGCAGCAGUCUGCCACCCAUCCAUCCUUGGAAGUUUUCAAGAGCAAGUUAAACAGACAUUUGGCUGGAUGGUUUAGCAAGAGAUGAUCCUGUCUUGCACUAGGAGGCUGGAUUAGAUGACCUGGUGAGGUCCCUUCCAGCCUUAUUUCCCUAUAAUCCUAAAUGAGAAGCUUUACUCUGAACCAGUCCUAGCUAAGACUUUACAGACAGUCUUUUGCAUAAAUGCUGUCAUUAUAUCCUAUUACAGGCUGCAGUUGUGAAUCAUAGAUUUCAUAGACAUUAGGACUGGAAGGGACCUCAGAAGAUCAUUGAGUCCAGCCCCCUGCCGCAGGGGCAGGAAAUCAGCUGGGGUCAUAGGAUCCCAGCAAGAUAAACAUCCAAUUUUCUCUUGAAGGCAUUCAGAGUAGGUGCUUGAACCACCUCUGAUGGCAGGCUAUUCCAGGCCUUGGGGGCUCGGACAGUAAAGACAUUUUUCCUUAUGUCCAGCCUGAAACGGUCUUGCAUGAGUUUAUAACCGUUUGACCUUGUCAUCCCUUGGGGCGCUCUGGUGAAUAAACGUUCCCCCAGAUGCUGGUGGACACCCCCGAUAAACUUAUAGGUGGCCACCAGAUCACCCCUGAGCCUGCGCCUUUCCAAGCUGAAGAGUCCCAUAGCUCUCAGCCUCUCAUCAUAAAGUCUGUUUUCCUGACCUCUGAUCAUGCGCGUGGUUCUUCUCUGCACUCUCUCAAGCUUCUCCACAUCCGUUUUGAAUUGUGGAGCCCAAAACUCCAGCAGUACUCCAGCUGUGGCCUCACCAAGGCCGAGUACAACAGGAGAAUGACUUCCUGGGAUUUACUUGAGAAGACUGUAUGAAUGCAAGCCUGCAUUUUGCUUGCUUUACUAGCUGCAGCAUCACAUUGAAGGCUUAUGUUCAUCUUGUGGUCAAUCGUGACCCGCAAGUCCCUUUCAUCCGUAGUGCUAGCCAGCAUAGCACUGUCAAGCUUAUAAGGAUGCUGCACGUUUUUCCUCCCAAGGUGGAAAACCUUGCAUUUUUCGGUGUUAAACGCCGAAAUUAUAGCCUGCCUUUCAGUUAAAAUGGCAAAGGAGAAAUGAUGCCCUCCUGGAAUGCAUUGUAGCUGUCACAGGACUUGGACAAACCACGUGCCAGUAUCUUAAUUCACAAAGCAGUGUCCAUCUCAUUCAGUCAGUAUCUCUCUUGACAGGUCCUGAAAGAUUCUCAGUCAGGUGAAGGUUAGGGCCUUACCCUGUCACUACUAUGGUGCUAUAUACCUUGAGCAUCUUGUAACUUAAUUAUGAUACUCCUGUGAGAUGCUGAAAUGUCAUUUCCCAUUUUAUGAUGGUGGUUGUUAGGGAAAGACAGGACAGGGAAGUUAAGUGACUUUGCCAAGGUCACAUAAGGCGUCUGUGGCAAAGCCAGGACUAGAACUCGGCUUUUCUCUCUCCUAGGUCUUGGCCUUCAAACUAUUCUUUCUCCAUUGAUUGUUGGGUACUUUUGUUGGAUACCUCUUUAAUAAAACUCCUAGCUACUGCAACCAGGUCAGAUUCACCCAUGUAAAAAGGGACGACUUGAAAGGCAGAGCUCUUUCUGAACCUACUUCUCUGACUUGGGUGAGGCUAAAUGCAUCUUUUACAAUAGGUUUUAUCCACUGACUUAGCAACUGUAGCUGCUGUUGCUACUCUGACCUCCUAUGACAUCUGGGAUAUGAAGAAGUUUUGCUUUUCCUGAAAGGAAUCUUCAAAUUCUUCACUUGCAUAUAGUGGCAGGUAGUCAGUCUGUAACAUGCGGGUGAAGAGGCAAGAGAGAGCUGCUUUUGUAAUAAGUGGAAGGGGGGGGAAAAAGUUAGUCUCUGGUUGGAUAGAUGUAUGCUAAUCAAACUGCUGAAAUCUUUUAGGUGCCUCUUUUGCUGUGUAGGUUAAAUAAACUUAUGGGUAGGAGUCUUAAAAUUGCACUGCAAUGGCUUGCUUUAUUCCCAGCUGAGAGAGUUUUAAAAAUCCAAUUGACUGCACUAGCAAUUGAGGCAAUUCUGAGUACUUAAAAGAGAGAGUGAGGGGGGGGAAAAAAGCCACCCUGCUUCAGUCAGUGAAAUGAAGCUUAAGCCAUGAGUAGAUGAUAUUGUUUUCUUUGCUUUGAAUAUGCUUGUAGUUGUAUUUCAAACUUCUGGGCUUUGUGGUCAGCAGUUCCAGGAGAAUUCUUCGUCAUGUUUUGAAUAAAACCAGCAGAAAAAUGGUUCUUUUUGCUUAAAAAUAAAAGCAGAAGGUAUGGUGGUCUCUAACUUGUGCAUUCAUCUGAUCUUAUGUAUUUUCUUCUUAACUUAAUGGAGGAAGAUACCCACCAGCUGACAAAAAGAACUUUCCUUUCCUCGCAUCAGUAUUGGCUGUCACUUGAACCUUGCUUAUGGCCAGGCAGAUGAUCUCCAAACCAGAAACAGACCAAAAAUGCACAUUAUGCAGUGGACACUGGCAAGGAAAGCAUGCCUCAAACACCUCCCUUCGCAGCUAUGUUUGACAGCAGUGGUUACAACAGAAACCUGUACCAGUCGAAAGAAGACAACUGUGGAGGACUGUAUUACCAUGACAACAACCUUCUGUCGGGGUCUCUUGAAGCCUUGAUUCAGCACUUGGUACCCAACGUAGAUUACUAUCCUGAUAGAACUUACAUUUUCACCUUCCUGCUCAGUUCACGGCUGUUCAUGCACCCUUUUGAAUUAAUGGCCAAGGUCUGUCAUUUGUGUGUGGAGCACCAGAGACUAAGUGAACCUGGGAAUGACAAGAACCAGAUACGAAAAAUUGCCCCCAAAAUCCUACAGCUGCUGACUGAGUGGACAGAGACAUUUCCUUAUGACUUCCGUGAUGAAAGAAUGAUGAGGAACCUGAAGGAGUUAGCGCAACGAAUAGCAAGUGGUGAUGAGAUGUAUCGGAAGAAUGUCCAGCAGCUUAUCCAGAACCUGAUCCGGAAGCUUGCUUGUCUUAGCCAGUAUGAGGAGGUACUUGCAAAAAUCAAUGCAACAUCCACAGAUCGCCUCACCGUCCUCAAGACCAAACCACAGUCCAUACAGAGGGACAUAAUCACAGUCUGCAGUGACCCUUACACAUUAGCCCAGCAGCUGACUAACAUAGAGCUGGAGCGCCUGAAUUAUAUUGGACCAGAAGAAUUUGUUCAAGCAUUUGUACAAAAAGAUCCUUUGGAUAAUGACAAGAGCUGUUACAGUGAUCGGAAGAAGACCCAUAACCUGGAAGCCUAUGUGGAAUGGUUUAACAGACUCAGUUAUUUGGUUGCUACAGAAAUCUGCAUGCCAGUGAAGAAGAAACACAGAGCAAGAAUGAUAGAAUAUUUCAUUGACGUGGCCCGAGAGUGUUUUAACAUCGGCAACUUCAACUCCUUAAUGGCAAUUAUUUCUGGUAUGAACAUGAGUCCUGUGUCUCGACUAAAGAAAACCUGGACAAAAGUCAAGACGGCUAAAUUUGACAUUCUGGAGCAUCAGAUGGACCCUUCUAGCAAUUUUUACAAUUACCGAACUGCUCUUCGUGGAGCUGCUCAGAGGUCCUUGACAGCUCAUAGUAGCAGAGAGAAGAUUGUGAUACCUUUCUUCAGUCUCUUAAUCAAAGACAUUUAUUUCCUCAAUGAGGGCUGUGCAAAUCACUUACCAAAUGGCCAUGUCAAUUUUGAGAAAUUCUGGGAGCUGGCUAAACAAGUGAGUGAAUUCAUGACCUGGAAGCAGGUGGAGUGCCCGUUUGAGAGGGAUCGGAAAAUCCUCCAGUAUUUGCUCACUGUCCCAAUAUUCAGUGAGGAUGCACUUUACUUGGCUUCCUAUGAGAGCGAAGGGCCUGAGAAUCACAUUGAAAAGGACAGAUGGAAGACUCUAAGGUCAGCGCUUUUGGGCAGAGUAUAAUAUACGAGAUUAGAUGCUGCUCCCACUGCUGCUGUGUUACACAGAUGAUUAUUAAGGGCAUGUUUUGGUUUGGGGGUGUGUGGUUCUUUUUUUGUUUGUUUGUUUGGGGGGAGUUUGUGCACCAAGUGGCACUUAAAUAAUGGGAACUGUGCAGCCAGUUGAGAUGGACAUAAUGUCAGCAAAUAUAAAGCAAGCUUACUCAAGAAAAAAUGGGCAACUUCUUAAAUCUGACAGAUCAGAUUUAAAUCACAACUUCCUAGUCCUAGGUAUCAAUUGAGGACAAGAGUGACAGAAUCGUUCGAAGAUACCGGACUCUUCAUAUAAAUCACUUUACAACACCUGGACGGAUUGUUUUGUCUUGCUGUUUCUCCUUGAUUUGUUGGAGCUUGCUGCUACUUAAGAUGCUCCAAAUUUGGUACUGGAUUAUGGGAAAAAAAGUACCAUUCCUCCAUAUGUAACCCAAGUCUGUGUUCGAAGAAUGUCCAUUCCUAAUAUGCUGAACAUAUAGCCAAGAGCUCUUCCUAAAUCAGCAUUGCUAAGAAGGGAAAGGACUGGACAAAUGGUGGGGGGGGAGAGGAGCAGUUAUGAGGGGAAAUUAAAAUGCAAUUGGCUGCUGUAUUUUGUUUUUUCCUGACCAUGUUAAUGGUGAAGCUAUUUUGUUUCUUCAUAAUAUUUCUGAGCGUGCUGCUGGUUGGCAAACUCGUUAUCAUUCUAAGUUAUAUUUAAAAAAUAAGUAAUAAUAAAAUCAGUGCUGUGGUAGGAAAUGCAGCUACUACAAAAAUGCAGUAACUGUGUAGCUGGGACUGUCUUAUAGUAAGAUUUUUUUUUUUUUUCAGUUGUUUAAAACUAACUAAUUUUACAGACAUUCUUGUAUUAUAUUAUUUUUACUACAGCCUUUUUUUGUUACUCUAACUUUCCAUAGUUUACUCCUUCUGUAUUAGGUUGAACAACGUGACUGUAUUUUCUAGACCUCUAUUUUGAGGAACCACUGCACAGACUAUGUUGAAAUAAUAUCAUAAAGUAUGUUUUUUAUUAUGUCAUUUUUACACUUUUUUUUGUUAGCAACUGGAGUACAUAAUCCAGCUUGACUGAAAUUGUAAGAUGCCAAGAACAAAAAAGAAAAGGUUUCUCUUUGACUACAGCUGUGAACAAAAACCAUCUCUUUCUUGUGUUUUGCUUCAUGGGUUAUUAUUGUUGUUAUGACUGUGAAAUAGUUCACUUUGUUCACAUCUAAUAAGUCUGUAGUAGGUCUGAAUACUUAGCCACUGUAUUUAUCUUUGCAAAAUCCCAGUGAAUAAAAACUAGAUAUAUAGCCCACCCUGGAUAGAAAAUUACAUGCUUAAUUAAGGGAUAUGUUUGUAAACACCAUGCCACUGCUCUAAAACAAAGAGAAAUAAAUAAAAAUAUGACUUUGUUGCACUGCA